GAGCUCAUCAGGAUCCAGGCGGGCGGCCGUCGUCCGGAGCGGCCCCGCGGGGUCGGCCGGGCCCGCAGCGCCCGCCCUGGCUGAGUGGGGCGGGCCCCCUCAUCCCCGGGAGCGGGACUGGAAGCAGGGCCUUGGCUGCUUGGGAAACAGCAGUGACAGGAGACGAGGAAAUGGCAGAGAGCUCUGAAGAGAACACUUUCUAGUUAAAGAUGGCUGCUGACACCUCUGUUGAAAUACUACAAAAAGUUCUGGAGAAUGAAAUACUUCAGACUACCAAGGUUGUGGAAGAACAUCUGGAUGCUGAACUGCAGAAGCUGGACCAAAUGGAUGAAGAUGAAUUAGAACGCCUUAAACAAAGGAGGCUUGAGGCAUUAAAAAAGGCCCAGCAGCAGAAACAAGAGUGGCUUUCAAAAGGGCAUGGAGAAUACAGAGAAAUCCCAAGUGAGAGAGACUUUUUCCAAGAAGUUAAAGAAAGUAAAAAUGUGGUUUGUCAUUUCUAUAGAGAUACAACUUUCAGGUGUCAAAUAAUGGACAAACAUUUGACUGUAUUGGCAAAAAAGCACAUCGAGACAAAAUUCUUGAAAUUAAAUGCUGAAAAAUCUCCUUUCUUGUGCGAGAGACUGCGCAUCAAAGUAAUUCCCACCGUAGCACUAGUAAAAGAUGGAAAAACAAAAGACUAUAUUGUGGGCUUUACUGAUCUUGGUAACACUGAUGACUUCACUACAGAGACCUUGGAAUGGCGAUUAGGCUGUGCAGACAUAAUUAAUUACAGUGGAAACUUGAUGGACCCACCUUUUCAAAGUCAAAAGAAAUAUGGAACAAGCUUUACAAAGUUGGAUAAGAAGACCAUCAGAGGAAAGAAAUACGAUUCAGAUUCUGAUGAUGACUAGAACAACAGCUAAAUAUAUUUGUAAAUCAUCUUUUGUUUAUGCUUGGUACAUUUCUAAGAGUGUUUUUUAUAAAGCUUACUGCUUUUCAUUACAUCUGCACAUAAUGCUCAUUUUUCUAUACAGUUUUAUAUAACUGAGUCACAGCAGUAAAAGCUCUUUUGUUUUUUUCCUUCUUUUGGAAGUCAUUUGUAAUUAAAAAAAUCUGAGUCCUAACUAAAUAAUGUGGCAAAAGAUGAACUUUGUCUUAAGUAUAAUUUCUUGAAGUGUUUUGAGGUAACUGUUAGAAACAAGUGUACCAAGUCAGACCAAAGGUCCCUCUGGCCCAGCAUCCAGUCUCAGUGGCCAAAAGCAGAUGCACAAGGAAGAGUACAAACAGGGUGGGCAGAUAGCAGUGCUUUGCCAGAAUAUACUUGAGGCAAUCUGUGGUUUGGGGAACUCUGCAUCUGAGAGCAUUUGCUGGUUAAAGUCAUGUAAGGAAUAAAUCUCUUUAAAUUUUCAUAGUAUCCUAGCAUCCACUUCAUACGGCAAGGAGUCCACCGUUUAACUGUGUGUAGGGAACUGCUUCCUGUUUUACUUGAAUCUGCCAGUUCCAGAUUUCUUCUAAUUUUCUUUACUGAAGGAGAUGAUAGACACUUUUAAAAGACAACUUUUCCCUAUCAGUUCCCCUUCCAGCUGUCUCUUCAAAUUUAUUAUUGUAUUACUAUCAGUAAAGCACCACAAAAUGAUUAGUAAAUGAACUGUGCAUUUUAACAAAUGAUUGCUUAUCUUAUGGUGCCAUAUCUUGACACUGAAUAUCUUAACUACAUUGCACUAUAAGUGGUAAAAACAGUCGUAACUUAAGAGAAUUCUGAGAAGGAUGGUCAAAAGAAUGCCCUUUUACCUUCUAUGUAUACUGCAUGUGAAAGCUGAUACAGCAGGCAAUAGCACAUAGCAACAACCAUAAUAAAAAGGGCCUUGUUCAGAGGUUUGUAUAAUUAUGUGAGUUUGAAUGUGUGGAUUUUAUAGCAGAUGCUUUCUACAAUAGAGUAGAGUAGGGAGAAGUAUUUGGGAGAAACCUAGAUCUGGUUAGAUAUAGCGCAGUUUGCUGUGUAUGGUUCUUCAGCAAUGGAUGGAAUUUUCAAGGGACAUUUUCCUUGGAAUGCAAUUUAAAAAUUUCUGGCUAGGUGAGGAGUUGAUAAGCUUUCUUUUUGUUUUCAAAAGACCACAAAGUGGUCAGCUGCGUGCUGAAGGACCCUUUUGAAGUGAUACUUUGAAUCUAUUGGCCCAAAAAGCAGCGAAGUGGGUCUAGUCAGUCUUGUUGCCUUGUAGUGAAGAACACUUGUGAUGGGGCCAGCCCAGCAAUAGAUCUCAUAAGUUUUAAAACUUAUAUUUUAUUUCUGUUCAUGUACAUUGAAAUAAAAUUAUUUUCAUUCUAA